ACAAAGCCAGUCUGAGUCCUAUAUAAAGAAGGACCAUUGGGGAACCUAGUAUAGGAAAGGAAGAGAGUGAACUGACUAACUGAAAGACAGAAGAGACUGUCAGAAUGAGAAGCUUUCUGCUGAUAUUGGCUCUGCAUGCCUCUAUCUCCUACUCUCUUCCAUUAAUCAGUCCUUCAUCUUUUGAUAAAGAGCUCUUGUUUGUACAGAAUUACCUGAAAAAAUAUUUUGGCCUUAAUCUGGAAGAAAUGCCUUUGAAUAGAGUAAAAGGUAAUAACCCAGUAGUGCAGAAGAUUGAGGAAAUGCAGAAGUUCUUUGGGAUGGAGGUGACAGGCACACUGGACUCCAGAACUUUGGAGAUUAUGCACAAACCUCGAUGUGGAGUUCCUGAUGUACAAAAGUAUGGUGUUUUCCCAAAUCGACCAACAUGGAAGAAAUAUGAUCUUACCUACAGAAUAAUGAACUAUACCCCUGACAUGACCAGAGAUGAUGUAGACUAUGCCAUUAAGAGAGCUUUUGAAGUAUGGAGCAAUGUAACCCCCCUGACAUUCAGAAGGAUUUACACAGGAGAAGCAGACAUAAUGAUCUCUUUUGCAUCUGGAGUUCAUGGUGACUUUUCUCCUUUUGAUGGCCGGGAUGGCACCUUAGCCCAUGCCUAUGCUCCUGGCCCUGGUAUUGGAGGAGAUGCCCACUUUGAUGAGGAUGAAAGUUGGACAAGAGAUUUAAGAGGAUACAACUUGUUUCUUGUUGCUGCUCAUGAAUUUGGCCAUUCACUGGGUCUUGAUCAUUCUAAUGAUCCACAAGCCUUAAUGUAUCCCACCUACAGAAGAGCUGACCCCAGACAAUUCCGCCUUUCUCAUGAUGAUAUCAAAGGCAUUCAAGCCCUCUAUGGAGGUCCAGUGAAUCAUCCUUCUAAGUCACCAGGAUUGCCCACUAAACCCAAUAACAUGCCAAGCAUCUGCAAUUCCCACAUGGCUUUUGAUGCCAUUACUACACUCCGAGGAGAAAUUCUUUUCUUCAAAGAUAGGUUCUUAUGGCGCAAACAGCCCCAAAACCCAGUAGUGAGUGUUAAUUUGCUCUCUUCAUUCUGGCCAUCCCUACCAUUUGGCAUUCAGGCUGCCUAUGAAAUUGAAUCUAAGGAUCAAGUUCUUCUUUUUAAAGAUGACAAGUACUGGGUGGUCAGGGGAACAGACCUCCUAACACAAUAUCCCAAGAGCAUCCAUUCUUUGGGUUUCCCAAACUAUGUGAAAAAAGUUGAUGCAGCUGUUCAUAACCCAUUUACCCGGAAAACAUAUUUCUUUGUAGAAAAUAAUUACUGGAGAUAUGAUGAGAGGAGUCAAUCAAUGGACAGGAACUAUCCCAAACAGAUUGCUAAGGAAUUUUUAGGUAUUGGACCUAAAGUGGAAGCUGCCUUCUAUUACAACAGACACUACUAUUUUUUCCAAGGAGCCAAGCAACUUGAAUAUGACAUUACUUUCAAUCAAGUUACCCAAGUUCUGAAGAGCAACAGCUGGUUUGGUUGCUAAGUUAGAAACAAAGCCUGUGGGCUAAUGGCCUAAACCAAUUAUUUUAGUUCAUUAAUUUAUUGAACAAAAUCUUUUUGCCCCCACUUGUGUUAGGGUUUUCCUAGUUCAUAAGAGCCAUGAUCUAUUUUAUUCAAAUAUGGGGAUGAAGAGGAAUAAUAGGGAGCUUCCUUCUACGGAUAUAUCUGAAAGGAUUCCUGUCCUUUUCAUGAUGAAAAAUGUAGUCUAUUCAAAACAGUCAUAUUUAUAUGUUAUUAAUUAGUCCCCAAACAAAUUAACAAAUAAAAAAGUGAAAAUAAUUUUAAGUUAUUUAAAAAAACUGCUCUUGAAAAAGUUAAAGGGAAGUGUAACCCUUUUUGUUUUUGUUUUUGUACUUUGUCCUUUCAAAAAGCCUCUAAAAUACAAUGGAUUAUAAUUUUCUUGGGUUCUGUGUUUCCCUACCCUCUAUGUUUGUCCCCUAACCAUUUUAAGAGGAGAAAUCCCUACAGGCCAAGGGAAACUCCAAUUUGCCACUCUAUACUUUUGUUCUUGAACUGAUUUCUUGGUGUGAGGGUUCCCAGUAUGGAAAUUCUAUCUCCUGAUACAGAUCCCUUCUUUGUAAUUAAUUUGUAGAGAAUUUCAUGGAGACCCUGAGAGGUUAGGUGAUUUGUCCAAGGUUAGUAGGUAUUGUAGACAGGCCUUUAACUUGGGUCUUCUUAAAUCCAAGGCUGGUCUUUGGCCCCCAUGUUCCUUAUUCCAUAUUACCUCUCAGGCUCACAGUAGAGGGCUUAAUAAAAUACAACCAUUCUACCUAUAACUUCAGUACUGAAUUGUUUGUGUGAAAAUUCAAACUUAUUUAUAAUUUAAUCACAUGUAUCUUUGAAUGUAAGGAUGAAAGAAGUGCAGACUCUCUUUAAAAGGUCAAAAUGCUAUGCUUGAACAUGUAACUAAAGUGAAAAAUCUAAAUGUGUAAUUUAACUAUGUAACUUAUUGCUCAUUAUCCUGUUGUACAAUAUUUUUAUGGAGUUUCUUAAUUAUUUUUAACUUUUAUUUGCAAAAUGUUACUGU